GGGCAAGUAGCUAUGAUAAACAAGCUACCAUAUGAUUGCAGGAUUCCCCCUACCUGGAAUCAUGGAUAGAUGCCUCAAUUUCAACGAGGUGAACAAAACAUGUGACUGUUGUCGCAGUGGGUGGACGGGACAGGACUGUAGGACAGAAUGCCCCAACUGUGGAAGUAACUAUGCGAACCACAAAUGUAAGACAUUCUGCCAGAAUGCGCCAUAUUAUGGUACCUUGUGUAACAUACCAUGCCCUGCAGCGUGUCUUCGUAAUGGACAAUGUAAUGAAAGCUGCGCUACUCACAAGGAAUCUACAAAAGAUAUUAAUCAAGGCCGUGAUGAUUCUGAAGCAACAGGGACUGGUGCAUCCUCACAGAGUUUAGGGUCCAGUAGUCGUACGACUGACGGCGCUCUCGUUACUAUGGCAGUGUGUGCUGUUUUGUUUGUAGCUCGCAAGUAUGGAGUGCACAAAAUGUGCAGGAAAUGGUUGAAACACAUUAAGGACAAAAGGGGAAGUGGCAGCGGAUCGUCGGCUGAAAGCACUCCUCUGACCUCCGAUGUUAAAGCUGCUGAUUCUUCAACGCAGACAGAAGUUGCUGUUGCACAACCACAAGCACAAUUCCCUGACGGUGGCCACAGUCAGAAUACCGAUUAACCGCCUUGGCGACAUCAUUGCCAGGAAGAGAUGGUCCACGAUACUCCGAGCAAAUAUAAUACUGUGGAUGAUUCAGAGCAAGACAUUGACAUUCACUAGUGGUUAACACAUCACUUGGAGCACUACUCAAGGGCAGACUGCGUUAUAAGUAUGAUUUUCUUUGCCAGAGAAUUGCUGUGCGUCUGCAGGCAGUAAGCUUUUCAUGUUCUUCUGCAUAAAAUGUCUCUGAGAAUCUGUGGCGACAGAUAAUCGAGACCAUAUUUUGGACGUGGUCGUUUUAUAUCUUUGAUAGAUUUUAUAUCAGCUUUAAGAAGUCCAGUGCUAAUUGUAUCCAAUAUCUCAUUAUUUGUGCAAUUGGUUGGUUCGUCUUAAGACAUCUUUUGUAUAUAAAUUUACAUUCUUGUA